CAGCUGGCCACAACCGACGCGUCAACGAGUAUUGCGUCUGCACGCACCGGGCUUAGACCUCUCUGCUUCCAACGGUUACCGGCCACCACCGCCAGGAACCAGCCUCAACAACACGACGCAGAACAGCUUUCGCCGCAACGAGAGUCGUCGCGUGGACGCCGAGCGGAGAGGACCUCGCAGCGCAGCCGCCGACCGCCAGCAGCCGUAGCUCGCCCUCUACCCCCUCCAGCCGGCCGCGCGCCAGCCGGCCUCUACCAGCGCUCCGCAGCCAGUCGCGCGGCAGCGCCCGGGGAGUACGCAUCGGCCGAUCACGGUGAGGAGGUGGCAUGCCGCCCACGAAUUUCAGUGAAGCGCUGAACCUACCAGGGGCCUACCUGAUGACAACCGGCGUUUGCCGGCUCGUCUCGGCCGUGGAUCCACCACCAUACUUGCUCCAGUACCACAAAUCGUCCACCGUGAAUCAUGUGCUGCGCACAGUAUUUGGGGUGCUCUUCAUGCUACUGGGGCUCGGCAAGCACGGCGGAACAGAUGGAAUGAUGCUCUGGGAGUCCACGUACGCGGUGAUAAUUUUGGUGGCCUAUCUGUUGGAGAAAGACGUCUGGAGCGGAGGUCCUGCACAGGUGGCAGCACGCUGGGCGAUUUUUGUGGUGAUGUUAAUGUUGCUUGGACUCUGGAUGCCCGUUGGGACAGAUGGCACGCUGCUAUUGGAGGCCACAGACGUGCCGAUAAUUUUGGUGGCCUAUCUGACGGCAACGGGCGUCUUCCAGCUGGUCGGCGACGCAGAUCCCACGCAGGCUGAAGCACGCCGGGAGAUUCUUGUGGUGUUGCUCAUACUCUUUGGACUCCUUGUGCGCUCUGGAACAGGUGACAUUCUGCAGUGGGAAUCCGCGGUUGUAGUAGGCCUGAUGAUAGCCUACCAAACCGCAAAAGGCGUCUUCCUGCUGGCCAGGGACAAACAGCACAAGGUAGCCUAUGCCUUCCGUGCACUUUUAGGAUUACUUCUCCUUCUUCUUGUGUUCUCUGUGCUUGUCGAAAUGAGGGACACGUUGCUACUGGAGUUUCCUGUGGAGAUGAGCCUGAUGGCAGGCACACUGACAUCCAUAAGCAUCUUCCAGUUGGCGUGGACUACUGGGGCUCCACUGAAACAGGUUAGCCUCUCGUUCUUCGGGCUGCUGCUCAUGCUCCUUGCACUCGGUGUGCACCUCGGAACGGAUGCCAUGUUUCCAUGCGAGAUUUCUAUGAUGGUGAACCUGAUUGGUGCCAACCUGACAGCAAUCGGUAUCUUCCUGCAGGUUUGGGACAGAGAUCCCACAAUGAUGCACGCUUGCCGUGCACUCUUUGGAGUGUUACUCACAGUCAUUAGGUUUUUCCCAACCAAGGGCAAAGUGAGGGACAUGGAGUAUUUUGACAUGUUAGGCAUUCGUGGUGAUCGUUUUUAGAAUGCCAACUUAAAAUGUUUGGACACUCACUUCUUACCCUAACUCAUCUGAUUCAAAGUCAAACUUUUCUGUGAUGGACAUCUGGUUUAAAAGUGAAAAUAAACAUGGUAAUUCAA